GUCUAAUACAAACAGAGUGAUUACAGAGAGCUAUUUUGACUCUUAAGUCGACUGUGAAAGCUGAGAGAUAGUUUCAAGAUUAUAGAUAUGGAGGUUCAUCACAAUGGUCAUGCUGCCAGCUCCACCGCCGUAAGAGACACUGAAACGGCGCUUUAUACGGCGUUGUGGCAUGCCUGUGCUGGCCCUUUUGUCACUGUUCCACGUGCAGGGGAGCUGGUCUUCUACUUUCCCCAGGGACACAUUGAGCAGGUAGAGGCCUCUGAAAAUCAGGCCGUAGGACAGCAGAGGCCAAUUUACAAUAUUCCAUGGAAGAUCCUCUGUCGAGUGAUUAACGUCCAAUUGAAGGUUGAUCCCGGCACUGAUGAGGUAUUUGCACAAGUGACGCUGUUUCCCCAAUCAAAUCAAGAUGAGAAUACUGUAGAGUACGAGCCUCCGCCACCACCACCAAGGUUUCAUGUACGUUCGUUUUCUAAGAAGCUCACGGCUUCCGAUACAAGCACUUACGGGGGAUUAUCAGUGCUUAAACGACACGCAGAAGAGUGUCUGCCACCCCUGGAUAUGUCAAGUGAGCCUGUAAUGCGAGAACUAAUAGCUAAGGAUUUGCAUGGAAAUGACUGGCGUUUUCAGCACAUUUUUCGAGGUCAACCAAAAAGGCACUUGCUUACAAGUGGAUGGAGUGGGUUUGUUAGCUCCAAAAGGCUUGUUCCUGGUGAUACAUUUGUAUUUCUAAGAGAUGAUAAUGGAGGAAUAGGAGUUGGCGUUAGACGAGGCAUGAUAGAGCAGAGUAACGAUCCAAUACAUCUCAAUGGAGUUGCUACCGCAUGGGAAGCCAUCUCUAGCGGAUCAACUCUGUUCACCGUUCAUCAUCGUCCGAGGAGUAGCCCUAGGGCUGAGUUUAUGAUUCCAUUUGAUCAAUACAUAGAGUCUGCUGCCACCAAUUAUUCCAUAGGAAUGAAUUUUGAAAUGAGAUCUGAAAGAGACACUGUUGAGCACAGAUUUACUGGGACCAUUAUGAGAAUUGAAGACAUUGAUCCCUUAAGGUGGAGAGAAUCAAAAUGGAGAUGCCUUGAGGUGAGAUGGGAUGAAAAUUGUGGCAUGCCUCUUCCACACAGAGUUUCACCUUGGAGUAUCAAACCUAUUGCUACGCCUAUGCAAGUUGAUACUGUUUAAUUUGAGAAUUAUACACUAUGUUCUGUUAUAAUUUGGUAUACAUAUGAUUUUAAAUCAAUUAAACCCAAAUCAGUAAUGUAUUCUAACUGGGUUAAAUAUUUAUCUUUUAAAAUAUUUUUUUAAGUUUUAAAAUAGAAAAAUGAAUAACAAUUCCUUGCUCUUUCUUUCUUCCCUUGCUUUUCCCAAAUUCUAAAGUCAAAAUCCAUCACAAGUUUUAGAAUCAUAUACCAACCCCUUUUUCCCCCUCUCUCUCUCUCUCUCUCUCAGUCCUCUCCUCUACUAGCAGCUUCUAUCAUAAUUGAAAAUGCUAAAUCAAUCCACCAAUGGAUACAUGCCUGAAGCUUGAUGCAAUCCCACAUGUUUAGCUUCUUUCAUGUGAUAGACUUUGUAUUAUGAAGCAAGAUACGGAUAUCAAUUUUCU